CUUAAGCUUUUUUUCACUUCUCCUUCCCUCCUUUUGAAUCGCCUCUUUAUUUUCCAGGAAAAUCAAAAAAAAUCCCAUCUUUUUUUUUUCUCCCUUUCUCCAAGAAGGAAAAAUUAAAGUUUCCAUCUUUUCCAACUCAUAGUUCAUUCAUACACACUCGAUUGAGAAGAUAUAGACAGAGAAAAGAUCGUUUUUCGCGGUUGGUGCUUGAAGAUAUAGCUCUGGUUUGCUGAAGAGUUCUUCUCUUUAUGCAAGAUUUACUCUCUUAAGCGAUGAGAGCAGAUAAUGAUCAUGCGCUUGGUAACUCGGUAGAGAGUUGCAAAGAUGAAGUUAAGCCUCAUCAACGCCCUGAAGAGAACUGGAAAGAUGCAGAAGUAAAGAUCCUAGAAAAUGGCAAGAACAACAACAAUGUGUGUGAGUUGUUCUAUGAUACAAGAAGUGGCGACGAAUGGGAUAAAGAGAACGAUGGAAACAUAUUGGAACCUCAUUCUUGUGGAGAUGCCGAUGAGGCCGGGAAGAAAACCCGAGAUACUAGUCAUGAUUUUGUUGCUAAAGGGGAUUCUCCUGAGAAAGUUAAUCCGGUUUUCUAUAUGGACAAGAAUGUCACCGCCUGUGAUUUACCUGAGAUUGUUGUUUGUUACAAGGAGAAUAGUUACCAUGUCGUCAAAGAUAUAUGCGUCGAUGAAGGUGUGCCUGUUCAAGAGAAGUUCUUAUUUGGCGAGAAGGAUUCUGUAAAGUCCACCACAAACUCAAACCAUUGUGGCUCAGUGGAUUUGAUGAAAGUAGACAAAACAGAUGUGAAGCCCUCAGAAACUAAGUCUUUGGAAGACAGCAACAGUAAGGUUGAUGAUUCUUCUGAGGUUUGUAAUGAUAAGACAGUCCAAGAUGUUGAAGAAUCUUCAAGAGAAGCUUUUGCUGAUGCUGAAGGUUCUAGCAAUUACGAUCAAGAGCAUUUGAUUGUGACAUCGCCCACGCUUGCUUUAAAACCAUCUGAAAUUUCUCUUGAAGUUGAAUCUGAAGAGAUUUCAAAGGACGAAGUGGUUAUUUCAUCGGAGGAUUUCUUAUCGGAAUCUUUGACCUUGGGAGAUAUUCUAUCAAGGGAAGAUAAGCAAAAGUCUCUCAAAAAUGACAAUGGAAACAGACCGGAAGAACUUUCUCCUCCUCAGCAUCAGGAGAAGGAAAAAAGAAGCUUAGAAACUACAGGUCUCGAUACAAAGCUUGAGAAAGUAGAGGAGCCAAAAACAGCAGAGGAGAACCUUUCCUCUGCUUCUACAACAACAGUUCAAGAACCAAACAAAAGUUGCAAUGACCUUGAAAAGCCUGAAACUGAGAAUCAUCAGCAAAACCGCUUGGUGAACUCUUACGAAGACGAUAAACUUUCCUCAAGCAGAUUUGGUGAGACAAGUUUCUCUGCAGCAGAAUCAGUUUCAAUUUCAGGUCACAUAACAUACUCAGGACCAAUUGCAUACUCUGGAAGCCUCUCUGUUCGAUCCGACGCAAGCACAACGAGUGGAAGAUCCUUUGCUUUCCCCAUAUUGCAAUCAGAAUGGAACAGUAGUCCUGUAAGAAUGGCGAAAGCUGACAAGAGAAGACAAAAAGGAGGAUGGAGACACACUCUUCUCUGCUGUAAAUUCUCUUGAUGUCUCUCCUCCAUAAUUUAGUCCUAAAGCUUUUCACUUUGAAGCACAGAAGAAGAAGGAUCUAUGAAAGUUGCAAUAUUUUCUUAUUUUGAGUGCUUUUCUUUUCUUUUUUUCAGUACUGAGUAAAUAUUUUUCUUUUCUUCUCUUUUUUGGGUGAGUGAUUUAUAUAGUUAUGCCAUUGUGUGUAAUUGGCAUUUUGAUAGUUUAGGGCUUUGAGUUUUGGUCAUCAGAAUGGUUGGGAUAUGUAACACCGAUGCGUUUAUUAUAAUUUUUUUAACAAA